AGCUAGGCCUACCCCUUUCUCCCCAUUGGUCGAUGGGUUUUCUAGCAGUGAUGACAACACAAAUCAAUGCGCACAACUUGAAAACUGGCUUGUCAAAUGUGUUGGUACAUGUACACUGUGUAGUAAAACUCGCAACACUUCAUCUUCGACUUUCAAAAUAAGAGCAUAGAAGCAUAACUCACUAUGGGAGGAAAAGCAUCAAAAAAGCGAAGUGCGGCAUCUACCCACCAUCAACAGUCGGGGGGCGCUCCCGUGGUGGAACCGUUAGCGUCGGGUGAUCAAAGUCAAGCUGGGCAGUCCAAAGAGCCAGAGAGAGUUGAUUCAAACAAGCGUGGAGAUUACACUGAGAGUUCCGAAGCUGCUAUUUCUUCGAAGCAGGCGAAACAGAAAGAAGUGGUCGAGGCGAGUAACGCACACGAGGAAGCCGCGGUUAUAACCGCAACAGAGAUGAAGACGCCCUGUGAACCUCGUGAUGGUGAAGAGAUGAUCGAAUCUUCACAUGGGCUUGCGUUUCAGGAGAUCUUUGUCCAGUAUAUUCCUGGUAAACCUCAUGCUCUCACGAAGUUUGGAGCACUUCUUUACUCUCGUCAGGGUGGUCAUGAGUUCAGGGCCCUAGAUGGCACCGGACUGGCAAGAACUGUUGGGUUGAGAAACCAUGAUGAACUAAUAAGCAUCAAUAACCCACAGUCAGACAUAAGCAGUGUUAACCAGCUAGCAGUUCUAGAAUGUUUCUCAGAUAUUGGCACUCAGAUUGGUUUGGUUAUUAAGCGGAAACAGGAGGAAACUUGGCUGUUUGCUUUUCAUCUCAACGAAAAGGGUAACCGGCCAGUUGUGGAGAACAUAUUCGGGCGACAAUUACCUAGCGAAAUAUUGGAGAACUCGUUCAUAGAUAUCAUCCCCGUUAAGAGUGCUUUUAGAAUGAACCCUGUCUAUUCCUAUGAUUCUUCCCUUCAAGUGCAAAUGAUACUUCCACAAGAAGAAGACAGAUUCAUGGAGAUCGACAACGACAAGGCGACCUACGUUCGACGUAUAAAGACCGUGACUAUCAAUAAAUACAAACGGAUACACGGUAGUGCUGACGGUAUACCAGUCUCCAUCUCAACACCAGAAUCGUCCGACAGCGAUUCGGACAAUGGAAGCGACUCCGCAGAUGAUAGUCCGAUGUGCAUUGAGGGUGUCGAUGUUGGUCCUCUCAGCGUAGUCAACUUUCCUUGCUACAUGACCCGGCGUCGUAUACCGAUCCCGCAAAAUAACAAGUUCUUUAUCCAGUCUUUUCUCUCUGAAGCAUCUGUAUUUAAGGCUGCCAACACAAAAGAAGGGACAGAACUAUGCAUAUCUUCCGACGAACAGGGCGAACAGGGUGACAAUAUUUUGGUUGCAAGUCUGAGAGCAUCGCACUCCAAGUUCCGUAUUUUUAUCUGACGGCAAUGUUCUGAAAACAAGAGAAGAUUUUCUCAAACUAUUCAAAGCCCGAGACAGCUAAAUCCACAAUCAAUCAGAGCGUCUUUAAUUGUU